GAGCCUUCUUUCUCUCUCUGUCUUCCUUUCUCAUCUUCGUCUUCUUCUUCUUCUUCUUCUUCUUACACCGUGUGAUCGUUUUCGAACCCUAGUUCGGUUGUAACGAUCUCUGCACAAACAGAUUGUAGGGUUUUAGAUAUCAAGCUAGGAAGCUUCUGAAUUUGGCACAUUUUGCUUCUCUAGAUUCCUUUUCGGUUUUCAUUUUUCGUCUAAAUCGUCACAGUUCCGAAGACUUAUCCGAAGUUUUUCGUUGGAUUUCGCGGUUUUUGGCUUGGUGGGUUCUGAUCGGGAGGCAAAAGGGUAUUUAGGAGAGGUCGAAAUUUCUGAUUUUUCGUUUUUUUUUUGCCUUCGGUAUUUCUGUGAGGAGGAUGAGAUUUCAAGGAUGAACGAUGCCGGUGCUGCGUAGCGGAGUACGCAGGGGCCGGGCAGCAGCGAAGCAACAACAGCAGAGUCCGGUGGAAGGGGAAGCGAUUGCAACGAGAACGAGGAGGCGGCGUGCGGCGGCUGCGGCGGCGGCUACAGUGCCGAAGAAUAACAAGCAACAACAACAGCAGCAGGCUGUGGUCAAUGAGAACGUAGUUGUUGUUCCGGAGAAGGAAGAAGAGAAUCGGGAACUGGACGAAGCUGUUCGUGACGGUGGAGACGUAGGUGGUGGUGGUGUUGGUGGAGGGGAGAAGGAAGAAGUAGGGGAGAAACAGAUGGAUGAAUUUGAUAGUGGAGCUCGCAGCAAUGAUAAGGCCAAUGCUGGUGAAGAUGAGGGUAGCACUGCUCCACUUCCCGAGAAGGUUCAAGUAGGCGGCUCCCCUUGGUAUAAAUUAGAAAGAAAACUUGGCAAGGGUGGAUUUGGUCAAGUAUAUGUAGGUCGGCGUGCUUCUGGUGUAAAUUUGAGUGAAAGAACUGGACCUGGAGCUGUAGAGGUUGCAUUAAAAUUUGAGCAUCGAAGUAGUAAAGGAUGUAACUAUGGACCACCCUAUGAGUGGCAAGUGUACAACACUCUUGGUGGUAGUCAUGGUGUGCCUCAGGUACAUUACAAGGGAAGGCAAGGUGACUAUUAUGUCAUGGUUAUGGAUAUGCUAGGACCUAGCUUGUGGGAUGUUUGGAAUAAUAACUCUCACACCAUGUCCACUGAAAUGGUUGCUUGUAUUGCCAUUGAAGCAGUAUCCAUAUUGGAGAAGAUGCACUCUCGAGGAUAUGUGCAUGGGGAUGUGAAGCCUGAAAAUUUUCUGCUUGGUCCUCCUGGGACACCUGAUGAGAAAAAACUGUUCCUUGUAGAUCUUGGAUUAGCUACUAAAUGGCGAGAUGGGGCAACAGGUUUGCACGUGGAAUAUGACCAAAGGCCAGAUGUUUUCAGGGGCACAGUCCGCUAUGCUAGUGUUCAUGCACAUUUGGGGAGAACUGGAAGCAGGAGGGAUGAUUUGGAAUCUCUUGCCUAUACGCUGGUUUUUCUUCUAAAAGGCCGUCUUCCUUGGCAGGGGUUCCAGGUUGGUCAGGGAGAGAACAAGGGAUUUCUUGUUUGCAAGAAGAAGAUGGGAACAGCUCCAGAGAGCCUAUGUUGCUUUUGUCCCCAACCUUUUAGACAGUUUGUUGAACAUGUAGUGAACUUAAAGUUUGAUGAAGAGCCUAACUAUGCAAAAUACAUUUCUCUAUUUGAUGGGAUUGUUGGUCCAAAUCCAGAUAUUAGGCCAAUUAAUACAGAAGGUGCACAAAAGCUCAUUGGUCAUAAGAGAGGCCGGUUGGCAAUGGGAGAGGAAGACGAUGAACAACCCAAAAAGAAGAUUCGCAUGGGUGUGCCGGCAACCCAGUGGAUAAGUGUUUACAAUGCUCGUAGACCGAUGAAACAAAGAUAUCACUACAAUGUAGCAGAUUCAAGGCUAGCCCAGCAUAUUGAGAAAGGAAAUGAGGAUGGCUUAUUUAUUAGCAGUGUUACCUCAUGUCAGAACCUAUGGGCCAUAAUCAUGGAUGCAGGGACAGGUUUCACUGCCCAAGUUUAUGAACUCUCCCCCCACUUUCUCAGUAAGGAAUGGAUCAUGGAGCAAUGGGAAAAAAGUUACUAUAUCAGCGCAAUUGCUGGGGCUAUAAAUGGGAGCUCACUAGUAGUAAUGUCUAAGGGCACUCAGUAUUUGCAGCAAUCGUACAAAGUUAGCGAUUCAUUUCCUUUCAAGUGGAUUAACAAAAAAUGGAGGGAGGGCUUUUACGUGACUGCAAUGGCGACCUCAGGGUCCAGAUGGGGAGUAGUUAUGUCUCGUGGUGCUGGAUUUUCUGAUCAGGUGGUUGAACUAGAUUUUCUGUAUCCUAGUGAAGGGAUUCACAAGCGUUGGGAUUGUGGGUACCGAAUCACAGCAACUGCUGCAACUUGGGACCAAGCUGCUUUUGUCCUGAGUAUGCCAAGGAGGAGACCCACAGAUGAAACUCAAGAAACACUUAGGACUUCUGCAUUUCCUAGCACUCAUGUCAAGGAUAAGUGGGCAAAGAACCUCUACAUUGCUUCUGUUUGCUAUGGACGUACAGUUUCUUGAUUAUGACUAUUCUGCUGAAUAUGAUGGUCCAGCCCCCAAGAAAUUUUGAUGACUAGCCCUUUAAUUAUUUGUAUGUAGCAGAAUGAAAUGAAUGUCUUCUGUAAAACUAAAAUACUUGGAAGUUUCCAUUCGGGUGGAAAUUGUCUCUAUGUCAAUGAUUAUUUAAGUUUAUGGAAGACAA